AUGAAGAUUCUCGUGCUCAUUCUAUUUGUGGCUCUAUAUGUGAGCGCUGACCUCCUCGACUACAAACCGUCUAUGUUCGUCAAAAACUUCAAAGGUCUCAUUAACGAGCAGAUGACCUUUAAAAUGAAAAAAUUAAUGGAACGCAUGAAGGAGGCUUUCUACAGCAACAUGGCCACAUUUCGUGAAAGGUUGAGCAGAUACAAAGAAAGAAUAUUGAAGAAGCUUACUUUGACACCAGAGCAUCGGAAAGAGUUUCUUGAAAGACUAAAGUUGUUUAAAAGAAGAACUGUUGACAAGGUGGAACCAAGGGGAGACUCAAUAGCAGAAAUUAACAUGAGAAGCGAAAAUGCAGGCGAACUCUUCCAAGGAGAUAUUAUUCUUUCGAGGGAGCAACAAGAUCAAAUUACCGCAGAUAUAAGCGGGGCCCGUUCUAAACGACAGGCGUACCAUGACAAGGACUACCCAGGUCACAGAUGGUCAAAGGGGGUUCCUUACGUUACAUACUUGAGUGAAAAGGCCAAAAACGUCUUCAAAAAAGCGGCUCAAUUGUGGAUGGACGACACGUGCAUUGACUUCAAAGAGUACCCCGAUCCAAUGGAUCCAAAGUCGAAGGGUCACUACCCACGUGGGCUCAUCCACUGUUUUUGA